GAGUCACCGUUUGCAACACUGGGGAAGUGUCAAACUGACAAAACGCUUUUUUUAAACAAAGAACAACAAAGUUAAACACUAUUGUCUUGUAAUAAUAAUAGUUUUUAUUACUUUUACGAAUAAUAUACAUUAUUACACAAGUAGUUGUAAAACGUUACGUCAAGUGACUAAAAGUGUGGUUAUGUUUGUGUAGUUUUUAUACAAUAAAUACACAACAAUGAUACCUCCUGUAACACCUGGACAAGCUGAAGAGAAACAAAAUAUGGUCAGUUGGAAGAACACGUUUAGUAUGAGGCAAAUCAGCUUGAUGAACCUCGCCGCUUCUCAAUUGGGGGUUAAAAACGGCAGUAGGUCUGCAAUCCCGAAUUGUAGAAGAACGUACAGUAUUACUAGUCCUGCAAAGUCGUUGGAUCUUUUAAGAAAGAAUUUACAAAGUGCCAUUAACAAAGACAUUGACACUGUUAUAAGAAAGUACUUGGAGAAGUUUUUUCAACCCGCCAUUAACAAUAUCAAGAUUAACUUGGGUAAAGACAGUGUGACGGAAGACCACUUGAAGGAAGUGUGCAAACAGAUGCUGGAAGAUGCCAAAUUAAUGUACAAAAUAUCACCAGGGUCACGUGAUAGCUCACCCUAUGAUUACAGUGAUUCUGAGGCUAGUACAACAGAUGGGAGAUGUGGUCAUAAUAGCCCCCUUCACCGAAAAAGGAAAGAAUCCGACACCGAUUCAGAGACAAACAACAAACGCCACAAAUCGCAAUUUUUCUACAUGACCGAAUGUGGCAAAUACAAGGUUCCAAUUAAGAGAGAAGGCAUAAAGUGGAAUCCUGACCGAAUCACCGAAAACACAUUAUUCAUAAUGGGCCCCAGAGCCAACAAGGUUUUGGGGUAUGGACAGACAAGGGGGCGCCUCUACGCCCGCCAUCCUGAUCUAGUUCGCUAUUCUGGCGACCAAGAAGACAAGGAGUGGCUUUCAGCGAAAAACUUGAUGCCACCAAGUGGCGGCAAAGCAUAUCUCAUGAUUUUGGAAGAUAUCAAAGAACUAACAGAGAGUGACGAAUACAAAAACAACCCCAACUUGCAGCUGCACGAGUUGAAAGGGUUCAUAGCGCCGCAGUUUCUAGUCAACAAAGUCAAAUUAUUCAUUCAAAAUUUCAAGACUGAUAAGAAGCCUUUUAUGGGUUUGGAUUUGUUUGAUUUUCGCAGUCAGUCAAUUACGCCACCAAAUACUACACCAGAUUCGGGCCCGUCCACGCCUUCUGAUUCCGUGCAAGUUGAAAGCCAGUCAGGAAGCACCAGUUCCAAGCAAUCCGAAAACAAUUUUGUUAAUAUUCCCGAAAUGAGCCCAAACUCGAACCAUUCGAUUAUUUCAAGCCAAAGUCCCAUCCAGAAUUCUGGAUUGCUCUCUCCUAAUAUGCUGAUGACCAUUGCGAAUCACACCGAAGGCGGACCCGUCAUGAUCCUGAAGGAGAACACUCAGAAUGAUACUUGUUUAUCCAGUAUUUUAGCAAGUGAUAACUCGCAAGAUUUUUAGCCCCGUUUUAUUUGCUAGAUUAUUUAUUUUUGUAUUUGCUUUUAACUUAUUCUUUUGAAUGCAUGUGUAUCACCCGUUUUUCAAUAAAACCUAAUGAAGUAUGUUGCCAAA